AUGAGUAAUACCAUAAAAAUGUUACAACAUUGGUUACUACUACUUCUACUACCCAUCUUUCUCCACUGUUUUCCUAUACUGAUCCAAGGAUCAAAUCAACAUGAAAGAGAGCCAUAUAUUGUAUACAUGGGAGCACUACCAGCUGCAAGAACCUAUACUACUAUGGAACUACACCACCAUAACAUGUUGGAGGCUGCCAUUGGAAACAAGCAGUUAGCUAGAGAAUCCAAAAUACAUAGCUAUGGAAAGAGCUUCAAUGGAUUCGUUGCACGACUUUUGCCACAUGAAGCACAGAAAUUGCAAGAGGAGGAGAAUGUGGUAUCUGUGUUCAGAAAUACGUACCACAAACUACACACAACAAGGUCUUGGGAUUUCAUGGGAAUGCCCCUGAAAGUGAAGAGAAACACCAAUGUAGAAAGUCACAUCAUUGUGGGAGUUUUAGACACAGGUAUUUGGGUCGAUUGUCCUAGUUUCAAUGAUGAGGGGUUAGGACCGCCCCCACGUAGAUGGAAAGGGAAGUGUGAAAUGGGAGCCAACUUCACUGGCUGCAACAACAAGGUAAUAGGAGCAAAAUACUUCAACCUCGACCGAACUGGUCCACUCAUCCCAAACCCGAGUCCUGUGGAUGAACAGGGCCAUGGGACGCACACGUCGUCGACAGUGGCUGGAUCAGUGGUGAGGGGUGCGAGUUUUUACGGCAUUGGCGAAGGCAAUGCACGCGGGGGUGUCCCAUCAGCACGCAUAGCAAUGUACAAGGUUUGUUGGAGUAUUGGGUGCAGUGACAUGGACAUGCUUGCUGGUUUUGAUGAAGCCAUUGCUGAUGGUGUCAACCUCAUAUCAGUGUCUAUUGGUGGCCCCUCGCGUCAGUUUUUCUCUGACCCGAUUGCUAUCGGAGCCUUUCAUGCUAUGAGAAGAGGUGUUCUCACUGCUUGCUCUGCUGGAAAUGACGGUCCUCGACCUGCGUCUGUUGAGAAUGUUGCUCCUUGGAUUUUGACUGUCGCUGCUUCCACGAUUGAUAGACAGUUUACAACACAAGUAGACUUUGGUGAUGGAAAGAGUGUCACCGGACUAUCUAUCAACACCUUUUCCCCUGAGAAAAAGAUGUAUCCCCUGACUAGUGGACUUCUUGCUGCCAACCUUAGUAGAGAUGAGUACGGCAAUCCUAGUGCUUGUGAUCAUGGGACUCUAAGCAAGAAUAAGGUGAUGGGAAGGAUAGUGUAUUGUGCUGGGGAUUCGGGCAACCAGGACGUGAUAAUUAAGGAGUUAGGAGGAGCAGGAACCAUUAUAGGAGAUGAAGAACAAGAAGGUGGCUCCUCCACCACAGUUAUUGCAGGGGCAAUUGUUGAUAUGAAUACAGUAGGCAAAAACAUUGAAGUAUAUAUUAAUUCAACAAAAAAUCCUCAAGCUGUGAUAUACAAAUCAACAAGUACGAAAUUCCCUGCUCCAUAUCUUGCUUCUUUUUCAUCUAGAGGUCCACAAUAUAUCAAUCGUAACAUCCUCAAGCCUGACUUGGCUGCCCCGGGAUUGGACAUACUAGCUGCUUAUUCCAAAUUGCCAUCAGUAACAGGGUAUCAAUUAGACAUGCGUCACAAUGUUUUUAAUAUAAUAUCAGGAACAUCCAUGGCUUGUCCACAUGCAGCUGCAGCUGCUGCUUAUGUUAAAUCCUUUCAUCCUGACUGGACUCCUGCAGCAAUUAAAUCUGCCCUCAUGACCACUGCAACUCCUAUGAAAGUCAAAGCCAACGACAGUUUCACAGAACUGGGAAUAGGCUCGGGACAGAUUAGCCCGGUAAAAGCAUUGCAUCCUGGCCUAGUUUAUGACAUUAAUAUGAACUCCUAUAUUGCCUUCCUUUGCAAGGAAGGCUACAACCGCACAAACAUUGGUAUCCUGAUUGGAAUCAAGAGUUUCGAUUGCUCCAGGGUCAAACCAGCAACAGGCACUGAUGGAAUCAACUACCCCACCAUGCAUAUCCAGCUCCUGAGUGCCAGUUCUACAAUUUCCGCAGUUUUUUACAGGACUGUAAGAAAUGUAGGAUAUGGACAAUCAACAUACAAGGCUAAAGUCACAGCAGCUAAGGGUCUUUCUGUGGAGGUUAUCCCAAAUACAUUGACGUUUACUCAGUUGCACCAAGAACUGUCAUUUAAGGUUGUUCUGAACGGGCCUCCAAUGCCGCCGGAGACACUGAUAUUAUCUGCAUUACUCGAAUGGAAUGACUCUAAACACAAUGUUAGAAGUCCAAUAGUUGUCGUUAGGCCACCAUUGUGA